AUGUCCUUAUGGGUGCCUUCAUCUGUCUUUAUGCAUGUUCAUCCCUUCCCCACCAUCCCAGUCGCGCCCAUCACCGUCUGGAUACUGCUGGGGAGAACGCUCACGCUCACCAUCAUAUACUCAAGACCCUUCUUCCCCUCUGUCUUCUCCGCUAUCAACCUCCUCGCCUAUGGAACCUUCCUGUUCCUCCUCCGCUACCGCGUCUCAGCGUUGCUCGGUGCAAUGGUUCACGCCUCUGUUGCUGUCGUCUUCCCACUCUACUUCCUCACAUACCACACUGAUCCCGGAUUCAUACCCAAGGGCGAGCCCCCACCGAGUUAUGGGGCACAUAUUUCCAGCAGUGAGGGGCAGCGCGGGGAGGGGGCGGGAGGAGUGCAGCCCAAUGGGUGUGGGAUGGCAGAUGGUGGAAGUGUGAGAGGGGGAGGCGGUGAGGUGGCAGCGCAGCAGCAGGGAAAGCAGGAUUUGCAGCACGGGGAGCAGGAGUUGGGACAGGGGCAGGGGCAGAGGCAGGGGCAGGGGCAGUUGAAUGAGGAGCAGUGGCAAAGCUGGUGUGGAGCUGGGUGUGGUCACGGGGCUGCUGGAAGUGCCAACGGUGAGUGGACCAAUAUGGACAUGGCCAUGUACACAUCGCCAUCUCUUCCCUUGUGUGCACAUGGCCAUGUUGUGGGCCUCACCUCUCUCUCCCUGCGCUUCUCCUCCCGUCCACACACCCCUCUCUCUGUGUUAACGUGUGGCGGUGGCCGCGGUCUCGGCACUGCUGGAAGUGACAUUGCUGUGUGGCGGUGGGCGCGGUCGCGCCAUUGCUGGAAGUGCCAUCGCUGUGUGGAUCGAUACGACCACCACUGCCCCGCUAUAGGCACCUGCGUGGGUCGUCGCAACCACCGGCUGUUCCUCCUGCUCAUCGUCGCCUUCAUCGCUGGUGAACUCACCUUUGCAGCCAGCUGCCGUGCCUCGUUCCACAUCUUGCAUGCCCCUCUCUCCUCUCGCUCGCUUGCGUCUUUUGGUGUGUCCCUCCCCAUCCUCCCUCGUGUGUCCCUUCCCAUCCUCGUGUGUCCCUCCCCAUCCUCCCUCUCCCAUGCACUCCUGUGCUUCAGAAGUGGGUCCUAUAAGGAGCGUAGAGACAUCUGUCCGCAUUAA